UCCUUUUUUUGCAAGUUUCUCGAUUCAGCUCGUUAACAAUGGUUCGGAACAAUCACAAUUGGUGGGUACUUAUCAGUGAGUUUGUAAACAUUACUGCGAACAAUAUGCAUUUUGAUGUCUACAUUCAGAGCAAAGGCACAGCCCAACGAUUCUAACAUGGAAUUUAUUCUCGUUGAGUUAUUAUUAUUUUUGUUGACUUCGUGUACGUGCUCUUCAGACUGGGUUUCAGAAUGGAUGGGCCCAGUUCAAGGACAGUUCCAGGGAGAUUCACAAAGGAGGUUCGACGAUGACCUGAAGAUGGUGCAAAUGAGCCAGUACCAGGAUAGCCCAAAAGAGGCGGAAUACCACAUGAGUAACAACGAGAUGAACACGGUGAACCUUAAGAUCAAGCUAGAGGAUACACUGCGGACUGCAAAAUCCUUAGCCGAGACUCUGAAAGUGCAGAUUAUCGAGUUGGUCGCAAGAGAGAACUUGCUCAAGGAAGCUAUUGUGAACGGCAGGCCCGGGGUUUCUACGCUGACGGUGUCCACAAUGAGCCAAGUGCCACGCUCAUACAUCAUCCGCGACGGGCGCUGGAUGCUCUGCAACGGAAUGAUUCAGUUCCCGGUGCAGAGCCAGACUUCAUCAACGAACCUCUUCAACGGCCUAUUUACUGAGCCCAGAUGUAUCGGGAGAGAGGUAUCCACUGUCCAAGACCCUUGCGUAUUCAACUCUGUGAUCAAAUACGAAGUGGUGCCAACCACUAGAAGGCUGGUGUACACCGAGGACGACUACCUCUGCCUGAAGCCGUCCUUCAACAAGACGCUGGAGCGGUACAUGAGCGUCACGAGACAACUUAUCAACGAGACGUGCAAAAACGGUCAGUUCCACUUCAUAUUUAAAUAGAAGUUCCAGUUCAUAAUUAAAAUUUAAUAUAUUAUAACAUUCGAUUACUCUAUUGUAUUACAGAAUACUGUUAAUACUAUAAUCAAUAGUUUAUUUUCAUACGUUGUAUUGUAUGUGUCAAUAAUUACGUAUGCGGUUGUAGGUACCUAACUAUGUAUAAUCCCGUAAGUGAUAAGAAGUUAAAUUUAAUACCGAUUU